AUUGAGCCUUCAAUGAUGGAUGGAGUAGGUAAAGCUGUGGUGGGAGUGUGGCGUGCACAUACAGUCCUGGAUGAGUCUGAUGGCGCAGAGAGCUCCCCUGAAGCCCCCGACCGUUUCCGCAAGCUUCGCUCUUCCUCCUCACUCAACUCUCUGCGAAUGUCUUUGCGCAAGCGGCUCCCGCUACGCUCUGUCCAGGCAAACUCCCUCCCAGAGAAUCCAACUUGGGAGACCCAGAAAGAGCAGCCGAAACCCAACGCAGUCCGCAAACUUACUCGCAAUGCUCGAAACUCCAUCACUGGCGUAUAUCAGAGGAUGCAGAGGACCAGAGAGUUUUCACGUGAGGAGUGUUUGGUAGCGACCCCAGGUCGGACAUGUGAUGUGGAAGAAGCUGGUGCAUCAACUUCUCGCACCCCAAGACGUACGCCUGGCCGGGCUGCAACACCCAGACGCACCCCAAGAUCAACAGCCGCGCCCGGACGCACCCCAGGCUCUAGAGGACGGAAGACUCCUGAGGCUGGCGUACGAGGGGUGAGGACAGGAGGAGGCAGGAGGCAGCUGGUCCGCAUGGCUGCACUACGGAGUCCCUUUGCCUCCCCCAACACAGAGAACCAGAGGAUAAAGUUUGACCGAGAUUUGGAGUCAGUUUCCAGUGGACUCAGGAGGCUCAAACAUCUGUCCAAAGCCUUUGAAGACAUAAUCAGCAGAGACAAAGGGACCAGUACAAAGGAACGUUCUGGAGGAACCAUGAUGAGAAAGUUGGACCCCAGCGGUAAACUGAGUCGCUCAAACCUCUCACGCCGAGCCACAAACCUCUCAGACGCACUGGGAGGUUGGGCUCACACAGCUGUGAACACUAUUCGCAAAUCCAACUGAACUACAUGCAUGUGUGUAUGUAGAACACAGGACCUUUUUGUAGCCAUGUUUCACGUUUAUCAUCAUUGAUGUAUUACUGUUACAUUUACCUGUAGUGUUGUCAUGAUGAUACUGGGAGACCGUUACAUGGCAGCUUGUACUCUUUGUUUUACCUAUGUUGUGUGUAGUUGGCAACAUUCAAGUUAUUCUUGUGUGUUUACAUGUCUCAGGUUAGCUGGUUGUUGGAAAAAUAUCCUCAUUGUAGCUACCAAAGGGAUUUCUCUAUUGUGGUGUAUGUACCUGUCAUAGCUGCUACAACCAAAUGUCUUAGUUACAUUUUAAGAUACUAAUAUCGUAGUUUGUAUUCUCACUCACUGAAUAGAAACCUUUUACCAGUUUCUAAUAUUUACUUUAAAAGAAACACUGCACAAGACCAAAAUAUCUGCAGAACUAACACUAAAUUUACAGACAAAGGAGACGCAUCUUCCUCUACUUUAUAUGUAUGCAAUAAUGUUACUAACAUUUGUUACUCUUUUUUAAAAUGACAUUUGAUUAUGCCAAAUUGUAAAGUGUAUUUUUCUAUGAAAGGGGACUUUUUAUACAUAAAGUGUAGCUUAGUUUGUAUUUGAGUGGGAUUUUUAGUUUUUUCCCCAUAUCUUUCCUUGAGACAGAGGUUGGCACUUUUAAUGGCCCGUGGAUGAUUCAUGCAUCAAUACUGUACACAUAAAUCAUUUGAUAAUGCGGUGAGUGAAGAUGUAAUGACUCAUUACCAGAUGUCAACGAUAAUGUUUUAAAGCCAUAUCCAGCAGGUUAUUAGUGUGACUUUCAAGCAAACGGCCUCAAAUGAAGCAAAAACACUUUCCCCUCUCUGCCAUUUCUAUGUAUUGGUUCCCUUUUCCUGUAGUACUGGGAGAAAGGUAAUGUGCCUAAAUGUAAAGAAAAAAAGAUUAUACAAUAAAACCUGUAAGCUCC